GCUAAUUGCUUAGGGUUUUCACUUUUCACAACCAUUUUCCAGCUUGAACCUGCAAUCUGUUUUCUUAAUCUUUUUACGUUUAGGUUAAUUUCACCAACAACAGAACAUAUUAUGUAUGUAUUUAGUAUAUUUUCGUUAUAAAAUGCGUCAAAUUAACUCCUCAUUUCCUCUUUUACUCCCUUUCUAGGGCAUCGCCAGUGGUCAUGACCGAUGCAUUUGAAGAAGAAUCCGAACCUACGAUUUCAAUAGGAGAGUACCUUAAGGAUGUCGAAGAACGGGAACUGGAAGCAGAUUUGGUUUUGGGUGGCGAUGAGGGAAAGGAAUGCACAUAUAAUAAUGGCUAUAUGAAAAGACAGGCUGUUUUCUCUUGUUUGACAUGCACUCCAGAUGGGAAUGCUGGGGUUUGCACUGCCUGUAGUUUGUCAUGUCAUGAUGGUCACGAGAUUGUUGAGCUCUGGACCAAGAGAAACUUUAGGUGUGAUUGUGGAAAUUCAAAAUUUGGAGAAUUCUACUGUAAGCUUCUGCCGAGCAAAGAUUUAGAAAAUCCAAAGAACUUGUACAACCAUAAUUUCAGGGGUCUAUACUGCAUGUGUGAGCGUCCAUUCCCUGAUCCGGAUGCUGAAGAACAAGAAGAAAUGAUCCAGUGUUGUGUCUGUGAGGACUGGUUUCAUGAACAACAUCUUGGUCUUCAGUCAUCUGACAUGAUUCCGAGAGACGAAGAAGGUGAUCCGGUUUAUGAGGAUUUAAUAUGCCAGGGGUGUGCACAUGUUUGUGCUUUUCUAAUGUUGUAUCCUCCGACAGUCUUUGCAUCUGUCUCCCAGAAAGAUGCAACAAGUUCUAUGAAGGAUAAAGAAGUGGCUGAGAAUCUUCCCCUAUCUUUAGGAUCUUUAGAGGAGACUAACGUUGCAAGUUCUUCAGUGGAAACUCCGGUGAAUAAUAAACUUAAUGGUGCUAUCCAGAAAUGCAUUCUUGGGUUGAACUUGAGUGAAGCUGUUGCUAACUUAGAGGAAAGUAAAUCGAUAUUCCUCUGCAAAAACUGGAGAGAAAUACUUUGCAGGUGCCCUAAAUGUGUGGAGUUUUACAACCAGAAAGGAGUUGGCUUCUUGCUUGACAAAGAGGACACAAUUGCAGAGUAUGAGGCAAUGGCAAAGCAAAAAAGAGAGAUAUUGAAGGAGCAGCAGAGCUCUGACUUUCUAAACAAACUUGGCCAUAUUGAGAAAAUGGAGAUCUUGUCUGGAAUUGCUGACUUUAAGAAUGAGUUUCAUUCUUUCCUGGGGUCUUUUGAUCCAUCAAAGGCGGUUACUUCUGCUGAUGUCCACCAAAUCUUUGAGAAUCUUGCAAAGAAACGCAGAAGAAAUGAAUGAGCUACUGGUAGUCUUAGUGCCGAUCAUAUUAUUGAUGUAGUCGUUGCUGCCUAUGUUAGUAUUAUCACGUGCUUGUGUAUUGUGUAAUAUGACAAAGUAUGGUUACCCGUUAAUGCUUUGUGUGGGAUCUUGGGAGACAUUAUUAUAUCAUCAAAACUUUGGUGUUGUAUAUUAGUAUAUAGAAUGAACAAAACUAGAGGUCAUUUUUCCUAAACACUCUACAGAAGUGUCUGCAAACAUAAAGAUUUGAAAGUGUUGAUUAUUU